AUAAAACGGAGCUGCUGCCGAUGCUCUGCUGCAUUUGCUAGACUGCUGAGUUUGCUGAGUUUCGUCUCUAGUUUCCCGCCUUUUCUGCCCUCGCAAGCCGAAGGAAAGCGGCGGCUGCGGGAGAGUUACGACGAUGGAUGCUUACUCUCUGCAUCUCGCCAUGGCGACUCUAGUCGGAGCUUCCUUUGUGGCCGUAUCCGCUUAUUACAUGCACAGGAAAACCCUAAAUCAGCUGCUGGAAUUUGCCAAGACGGUAGAGAGGGAGAGGGAGAGGAAGGAGAAUUCCGAGGCUGAGUCGACACAACACUCCAAGCGACGGCGGAGCCACCACUCGCGCCGGAAGGGGAACGGAUAUAACCGGCGUUACUCCGCUUCUCUGCCGGACGUCACUGCGAUUUCUGGUGGAGCUGAUGGAGAGGAGAAGUGCAAUGGUCCGGUUCAAGUGGACGGGAUUCCGGCUGGCUUGCCAAAGCUUCACACUUUGCCUGAAGGAAAGUCUGGUGGGCACUCAAGUUCAGCUAAGAGAGUCGGAAGCCUUAUCCGUCCAACCUCUCCCACGUCGCCCGUUGCUAGUGCUAGUGCCUUUGAGAGCUUAGAAGGAUCGGAUGAGGAAGAUAAUACGACAGAGAAUUCUAAGCUGGACAAUUCAUAUCUGCAUAUCAAUGGAAUUGCUGGUCCAAAUUUGCCAGACCACAUUAAUACCAAUGGAGAACAAAUACCAGUAGCAGCUUCAAGCAUGAUUCGAUCCCAUAGUGUAUCUGGUGACCUUCAUGGUGUUCAGCCUGAUCCUAUUGCGGCUGAUAUUCUGAGGAAAGAGCCUGAGCAGGAAACCUUCGCACGUCUGAGAAUUACUCCUACUGAGUUACCAACAUCAGAUGAAAUUGAGGCCUACUUGCUUUUGCAAGAUUGCCUUGAGAUGCGAAAAAGAUAUGUAUUCAAAGAGGCAAUUGCUCCAUGGGAAAAAGAAAUUAUAUCAGACCCUGGCACACCAAAGCCUAACCCAGAACCAUUUUUCUAUGCUCCUGAGGGAAAAUCUGAUCAUCAUUUUGAGAUGCAAGAUGGUGUUAUUCAUGUCUAUCCAAAUAAAGAAUCAAAAGAAGAGCUGUUUCCUGUUGCUGAUGCAACAAAAUUUUUCACCGACUUGCAUCAUAUACUUCGGGUUAUUGCAUUGGGGAAUAUGAGAACUUUGUGUUUUCAGCGGCUAAAUCUUCUUGAACAGAAAUUCAAUCUCCAUUUGAUGCUCAAUUCGGAUAGAGAAUUUCUUGCUCAGAAAAGUGCACCACAUCGGGACUUUUAUAAUGUUAGGAAAGUUGAUACUCAUGUUCAUCACUCCGCAUGCAUGAACCAGAAACAUCUUUUAAGGUUUAUAAAAUCAAAGUUGAAAAAGGAGCCUGACGAGGUUGUUAUAUUUCGAGAUGGAACAUAUUUGACACUUAAAGAAGUUUUUGAGAGCUUGGAUUUGACUGGGUAUGACUUGAAUGUUGACCUUCUGGAUGUUCAUGCAGACAAGAGCACCUUUCAUCGCUUUGAUAAGUUCAAUCUCAAGUAUAAUCCCUGUGGUCAAAGUAGGCUAAGGGAGAUUUUCCUUAAACAGGACAAUCUUAUCCAAGGUCGUUUUCUUGCUGAACUCACAAAGCAAGUUUUUUCUGAUCUGGAUGCUAGUAAAUUUCAGAUGGCUGAGUACAGAAUAUCAAUAUAUGGUAGGAAGCAAAGUGAGUGGGACCAACUGGCUUCCUGGAUAGUAAAUAAUGAAUUGUACAGCGAGAAUGUUGUUUGGUUAAUUCAGAUACCUCGUCUGUAUAACAUAUACAAGGAAAUGGGGAUUGUGACAUCAUUUCAAAACAUUCUUGACAAUAUAUUUAUUCCUCUGUUUGAGGUUACUGUGGAUCCAGAUUCACAUCCUCAAUUGCAUGUUUUUUUGAAACAGGUUGUUGGAUUGGAUUUGGUUGAUGAUGAAAGCAAACCUGAAAGACGGCCAACCAAACACAUGCCCACACCUGCACAAUGGACUAAUGUUUUUAACCCUGCUUUCUCCUACUAUGUCUAUUACUGCUAUGCUAACCUCUACACAUUGAACAAGCUUCGUGAGUCAAAGGGAAUGACAACCAUCAAAUUCCGGCCACACUCUGGAGAGGCUGGUGACAUUGACCACCUCGCUGCAACAUUUCUAACAGCUCAUAAUAUUGCGCAUGGAAUUAAUUUGAGAAAAUCUCCUGUGCUCCAAUAUCUGUAUUACCUGGCACAGAUUGGUCUGGCCAUGUCUCCUCUGAGCAACAAUUCCUUAUUUUUGGACUAUCAUCGGAACCCAUUUCCAAUAUUUUUCCUACGUGGACUUAAUGUUUCUCUUUCUACGGAUGAUCCACUUCAAAUCCACUUAACAAAAGAACCAUUGGUGGAAGAAUAUAGCAUAGCUGCGUCGGUCUGGAAGUUGAGUUCAUGUGAUCUAUGUGAAAUUGCCCGCAAUUCAGUCUACCAGUCAGGUUUCUCACAUGCACUUAAGUCUCACUGGAUCGGGAAAGGGUACUACAAGAGAGGACCCAGUGGAAAUGAGAUUCGCAAAACGAAUGUGCCUCAUAUCCGGCUGGAAUUCCGUGACACGAUCUGGCGAGAAGAAAUGCAGCAGGUUUAUCUAGGAAAUGCUAUUAUUCCCAGAGAAGUGGACUAGUAAAUGUACGAGGCCUUGCACCUACUACCCCAUUCUUGAACAUCAUGCAUAUAUUUAGGAGAGGUUAGGAACCUACCUUAUAUCCUCUGUACACAAAACUUGUGAGAACCAAAGAAAAGGCUUAUAGCAAGCAAGAAGCCAUUACAGACAUUGAAGGAUGCCGUGGCUGAUGACGUGCAUGGUUGUUGAGGACUUGGAGAGAACCGUAGUUGCUUCUGUGGAGUAUGAUAUUAUAAAUACACAACCCUAUAGCAAUAAUUUACUUAUCUGCAAUAUGAAGUCAUACCGUUGCGAUAUACCUAAUGGUUAGGAACAAGAACAACUAUUUAAAAUACCCUGUUGCAGUUGAUACUGUAAGUUAUACUUGCGGCAAGAUGGGAAAAUGCUCUCUUGCUUCAUAAAAUUUUGACACAACUUUAUCAAGGAUUAUGGUGGUCUUGUGGAAUGGUCAACAU